UUUGCGCAACAAGCAAGCUGUCAGUACUGCGCACGCACAGUAAUCUAGUGUGCGUUGAACACGUUUCUUGUUCAGACGACCGUUAGCUACAUUUUUUUUUUUUACUUUAACAAAGAUUUUAGCCACAUUAUGACUCUCAGGUGAUAGUCAAAGAUUCCAGGUGGUUCUGGGAGUCCAGGUUGGUGUCGAGAGAGAGAGACAGCACUAUCGCAGAAGUAAGAGGGCUGCCUCGGGCCUCUGUGCCCUUGGUUUGAAGCAGGGCUGCUGUGUACUGGAGGCUGGUGUCAGGACUGCACUGCAGGAUGGAGAAGGAUGACCUGAAGAUUGUGAACAAGGGGCUGGAGGAUGAGAUGGAGAUCUUGGGGUAUAAGCCAUGCCGCUGGAAGAUGGCUCUGGUGGGUGUAGGGGUGCUGGCCACGGGGGGCUUCCUGCUGCUGCUGCUCUACUGGAUGCCUGAGUGGUGUGUGAAGAGCACCUGCACCCGGACCACCAUCAGAGAGGCCGAGAUGGUGCUGCUCAGAUCCACUGAUGAGUUUAAACGCUGGUUCCUCGCGAAGGUACGGGUGAUGCUGGCCCCAGGGAGGAACCCAUUCGACAGCCUGGAUUCCCAGACCACCCCAACUGUGGCCAAUGGCCACACCCCCCACCCCUCCGACAGCCCCCCAGAGGACCUCAUCAGGAAGUAUGCAGAGUACCAGCCCGUGCAGAUUCGUUACUUUACACUCCACAGCACAAAGUACUACUGGAAUGAUGCCAUCCAGAAUUUCGAAGUAUUAAUGGGCUUAGAGGACCUUGGAGUGACCUGCUCCUCUGUCCAUUCUGACCACAGCGCAGGCCUGACCAGAAACCUGCAAGACUACAGGAGACUGUUUUUUGGAGUGAAUGAAAUUGCAGUGAAAGUGCCUUCAGUAUUCAAGCUGCUAAUUAAAGAGGUCCUGAACCCUUUCUACAUCUUCCAGCUCUUCAGUGUUAUUCUUUGGAGCGCUGACGAAUACUACUACUACGCCGUGGCCAUUGUCUUCAUGUCCGUCAUAUCGAUAGCUACCUCUUUGUACACCAUCAAAAAGCAAUAUGUUAUGCUGCACGACAUGGUGUCAGCCCACAGCAUUGUACGAGUGUCUGUCUGCAGAGCCAACAAUGAGAUAGAGGAGGCCAUGUCCACCGACCUGGUCCCCGGCGACGUCAUGGUCAUUCCAACCAAUGGGACCAUCAUGCCCUGUGACGCCGUGCUGAUCAGCGGCACGUGCAUCGUCAAUGAGAGCAUGCUCACAGGUGAGAGUGUGCCCGUCACCAAGACCAACUUGCCCAAUCUGGGGCACAUUGUGAAGGGGGCAGAGGGUGAUUCUGUCUACAGCAUGGAGGAGCACAAAAGGCACACACUCUUCUGUGGCACCAAUGUCAUCCAGACGCGAUUCUACUCAGGGGAGCUGGUCAAGGCCGUGGUGGUCAGGACAGGCUUCAGUACUGCUAAGGGACAGCUGGUGCGCUCCAUCCUGUACCCCAAACCCACCGACUUCAAGCUGUACCGUGACGCGUACCUCUUCCUGCUGUGCCUGGUGGCCGUGGCAGGGGUUGGCUUCGUCUACUCCAUUGUCCUCAGCGUCAUGAAUAAGGUGCCGGCCAAAACCAUCAUCAUCGAGUCGCUGGACAUCAUCACCAUCACAGUGCCCCCCGCCCUGCCGGCCGCCAUGACGGCGGGCAUCGUCUAUGCCCAGCGCCGCCUCAAGCGCAUCGGCAUCUUCUGCAUCAGCCCGCAGAGGAUCAACAUCUGCGGCCAGCUCAACUUGGUGUGCUUUGACAAGACUGGCACACUCACUGAGGAUGGACUGGACCUGUGGGGAAUCCAGCGGGUGGAGAGCGGCAGGUUCCGCCUCUCGGAGGAGAAUGCCUACAAGGAGUCCCUGGUUAAGUCCCAGUUUGUGGCCUGCAUGGCCACGUGCCAUUCACUGACCAAGAUUGAGGGGCAGCUGUCUGGUGACCCUCUUGACCUCAAGAUGUUCGAGGCCACGGGCUGGAUCCUGGAGGAGGCCACAGAGGAAGAGACAUCUCUCCACAACCGCAUCAUGCCUACCGUAGUGCGGCCGCCCAAGCAGCUGCUCCCGGAGCCUGCCGCGUCCCCCGAGCAGGACAUGGAGCUGUAUGAGCUGUCGGCGUCCUAUGAGAUCGGGAUCGUGCGCCAGUUCCCCUUCUCCUCAGCACUGCAGAGGAUGAGCGUGGUGGCUCGUCUGCUGGGGGAGAAGCGCAUGGAUGCCUACCUCAAGGGGGCGCCGGAGGUGGUGGCCAGCCUCUGCAAACAGGAAACGGUACCGGAGAACUUCUCUGAGGUUCUGGAAGACUACACCAAGCAGGGCUUUCGAGUCAUCGCCCUGGCCCACCGCCGACUGGAGUCCAAACUCACCUGGCACAAAGUGCAGAAUGUCAACAGGGACCACAUUGAGACCAACAUGGAAUUCUUGGGGCUGAUCAUCAUGCAGAACAAACUGAAAGCGGAGACUCCAGGGGUGCUGGAAGACCUCAGGCGAGCCAAUAUCCGCACCGUGAUGGUCACCGGGGACAACAUGCUCACAGCGAUAUCAGUGGCACGAGACUGUGGGAUGAUCCCCCCACAAGACCGAGUCAUUAUUGCAGAUGCUCUACCUCCCAAAGAUGGCCAGGCAGCCAAGAUCAACUGGCGCUAUGCAGAUAACCCCAUCAAACAAGCCAACAAGAGUGCCCACCUUGAGGAAGUGGAGAUCAGCUUUGAGGAGGUCGACCCCCGGGAGGAGCCCAAACUGCAGGAGCAGUAUCACUUUGCCAUGAGUGGGAAGUCCUUCGCUGUGAUCACAGAGCACUUCCAGGAUCUGGUCCAGAAGCUGGUUCUUCAUGGCACCGUAUUUGCCAGGAUGGCCCCAGAUCAGAAGACUCAGCUGGUGGAGGCACUGCAGAGUGUAGAUUAUUUUGUGGGGAUGUGUGGUGAUGGAGCCAACGACUGUGGUGCCCUAAAGAGAGCACAUAGUGGGAUUUCCCUGUCAGAGCUAGAGGCCUCAGUGGCCUCCCCCUUCACUUCACGGACCCCCAACAUCUCCUGUGUGCCCAGUCUGAUCAGGGAGGGGCGCGCGGCCCUCAUCACGUCUUUCUGCGUGUUCAAGUUCAUGGCCCUGUACAGCAUCAUCCAGUACAUCAGUGUGACUCUCCUUUACUCUAUCCUGAGUAACCUGGGAGACUUCCAGUUCCUCUUCAUUGACAUUGCCAUCAUUCUGCUCAUUGUCUUCACAAUGAGUCUCAAUCCUGCCUGGAAGGAGCUGGUGCCCCGCCGGCCGCCCUCAGGCCUCAUCUCGGGGCCCCUGCUCUUCUCUGUGCUCACCCAGAUCCUCAUCUGCCUGGGUUUCCAGACCCUCUCCUUCCUCUGGGUCCGGAACCAGAGCUGGUACGAAAUGUGGACGCCCAUCUCUGAUGUCUGCAGCAUAUCCUCCAAUACUACUUCCUCCGCUCAUGAUAAUGAAACCGAACUCGACGACCACAACAUUAAAAACUACGAAAACACUACCCUGUUCUACGUGUCAUCCUUCCAAUAUCUCAUCGUCGCCAUCGUGUUCUCCAAGGGGAAGCCUUUCCGCCAGCCAAGUUACAAAAACUGGCCAUUCUUGCUGUCUGCGUUCAGCCUGUAUGUCUUCCUGUUCUUUAUCAUGCUUCAUCCGGUCUCUGCCAUUGAUGAAUUUUUGGAGAUUGUGUGCGUUCCUUUUGAGUGGCGCCUCCGAAUGGUCAUCAUCAUCAUAGGUAACGCUGCUGUCUCUGUCCUCAUGGAGACCCUCAUCCUUGACAUCGUCUUAUGGAAGCUUGUGUUCAGCCGAGACAAGCAGGGCGCCUAUGGGGCCACCUCUGCCGCCCAGACACCUCAGACGGGCAUUGACCUGUGGGGGUCCAAAUGCCUUUCCUGGCUAUGCUGCCGAAGGAGGAAGAGCCCGAAAGCACGCUACAUGCACCUGGCCCAGGAGCUGCGGGUCGACCCUGACUGGCCCCCCAAACCCAAGACCACCACUGAGGCCAAAGCGCCCCCCUGUCCCGAGAAUGGCUCAUACCAAAUCAUGUCCGCCUCGUAGUGUCCCCCACCCCCACCACCACCCCUCUUAUCUGGGCAGACAUUACCAAAAAGGAAAACAAAAAAAGAUACUUCAGCGAAGAGACUUGAAACUGAAAGGUUGUGUGAUGAUCAAAAGGGUUGUGUGUGUUAAGCACAGAGGCACGUGGUGUCUACAGGUUGGACGGCUAGCCCUGUUCCCAGCACGGCCCCAGGGACACGCGGGCCAUGAAGAGCGUGCUCUGCUCAGCCCCUCCUGUCUCAUUGCUGCUGUAAUCCCUCACACUGUAAAGCUGCAGGGCUGUCGCACUCACAUGCUGGGAACUGCGUGAUCGCUUGUUCUGGCGCAGAUGUAUGUGUUCUGCAACGUGAUUGCUUUUUAAUAUAGGAAGAUGCCCAAAGCUGAAAAAGAAAAAUAGUCUAGAGUAUGUAUAUGCUCUUUUCCCUCAGUCAAUUCAAAAGCAUCAUUGGAAGUUAAAGGUGACGUUAAACUGUGGGGAAACAUGAGCCCGGCUACCAGUAAUGUAAAAAAAACUUGCAAAGCCACUGUAAUACUGUUGUGUCCCGUGACUGCAACAUUGCAGAAACGUCAUUAAAAUGUUUUAUGCUAUGUCUCCCAAUGGCCAGAAGCUGUGCACCAUCACAGCUAUCAGUCACUGCACUCAGAACCACCGCUGAUGCUACGAGAUUACAGCACACUGUGGCUCACAUGACCUCUGCAGCCCGUUUUUUAAAAAGUAUGUAAUUGUAACCCUUCUUUUUUUUCUAUUUCUUCCCAUGGAAGAACAAUAGAGGUAUGAUGAUCGCAAAGGGCCAAAGCAUUGCCGUGCUCUUUCAACGGUUUCAACAGGCAGCCAUUGCUGGGGACGCGGUAGAUCGGGGCGGGGCGGUUCCGUCAGGCAGUGUGCGGAGAUACCGAAGGAUGUCAGCGAAGGUUGCGGCAUGCGGAGGGCGCAGAUGGGCAGAGGGCGAGCACCAUUCACGGGGCCGUCAAAAGGGCUAAAUAUCCGCUGUGGUCCUGCGCAGGCUUGCAGACACACGGCUCCUGCGCACUUGACUAGUCCGCCGAAUCCGCUCCUUGUAUUUACUUGCAUUGCAUGCUCCAUAUGCAGUGUGGGCAGCUUCAUGUAACUUUCCUCCAGCGGCAUGCUGCGUCAAGUAUCUACAAGCCUAAGCCUUGACCUAGUCUCUCAUAGAACUCAACUUUGUGAAAUCAGCCCUCUUCUUGUGUUGCCAUUGAUCAUUGUAUAUCACAUAACCAUCUGGUUGUCAUUUGUGCUCAUCAAAAGUUAGUCAUAUUCCGUUUUAAAGUCUUUGAUCCAUUUCCCAACUGUCAGAUUAAGACAUAGUAUUCUAAAUCAAAUUCAGAGUAAUUAUUAUAUCCUGUAUUUUAAUGAGGUGUCACUAAAAUAUGCAAAUCAGUCACCGAUCACUGGUAUUGGUGUGUGACUGAAAGUAAUGUGUUUAUUCUUUUCCUCAAUGAAUAUGACUAAUUUAUUUAGGUUUAUUCAGUUGUGUUAAUUGUGCAGUUGGUCACUUUUGGUGACAUUUCAUUCACUGUUUCACUGACAUCUCAGCACCCUCUUCCACAGUUUGGUUCUGUAAAAGUUUUAUAUGUAUGUACUGGAAUAAUCUAUUGUUCCAAGUAGCUACUUGAAAAACAGCAACUGAAUAAAACCAUUAGAAAAAUCUACAAUCAUUUUAAUGUUACGGUUAUCAAAAAAGCAGAGGGCCUUUAAACAUAUGCUUUAUGUUGUUUUUGUCUGCAAAUUUUAAUGACAUAAACCAAGUUUCAGAUUAUGUAUUUACUAUUGGCGCAGUUCUUUUUUUGUCUGAAGUAAUCAACAAUUCAAGAUUGAAAGUGCCAGUAAAGUACUACAAGAUGAAGCAAAUUCUGAAUACAAUUCACAGAACAAUGUUCAGAUACUGAGCAGUAGAAAAGGCUGUGGAGGAUAUGUGUAUUUUGCCUCUCCCAUCACCACUGUCACCAUCUGUCUGAAUCUGUGGACUACACACCAGAUCUGAACACAGUUAUACUUUUCUUGACGUCAUAUAUAUAUGUUUGUGUGUGAGUCAGUCAAUUUGUCAAAAUCCAGUGGUGCCUUGACUUAUGUUUAAAAUGGCGUGUACUGUUUUUUUUUUCCCCUCUUUCUUUCACAUGGCUUAGGGCACACUGAUGUUUGAUACCUGAUUUCCUUUGAAGUGAGCUGUAGUUGUGGGCUGUAGUUGUAAUUUUAUUCUGAUAAUGCAACUGUGCAUUAAAUUCAUUUCACCUUUUUGAAGUUACUCUUGUUUUAGCCUUCACCUAUAAACAAGGAAUGAUACUUGCAAAGUGUGUGUGUGUAUGUGUGUAUGUGUGUAUGUAUGUGUAUGUGUGUGUGUGUGUGUGUGUGUGUGUGUGUGAGAGAGAGAGAGAUGGUUUUGUAGAUUCCCCAAGGAUAUCUUGAAAACAUUUCAGUUUCUGCUCUGUAACGUGGAGAAAAGGAGAGCUGUAGAGGAUAGACAUAAUAAGGUUCUUAAGACAUUACAAAACUGUCAUAAUUGAAUGAUUUCUCAUUGCCCAAUGGUCUAUUUAUAACCUUUAUAGUAACCCCAUGUCGUGGGGUAGAAUAUUUCAGUAUGUUAAUGUCAAUGGUAUUAGAAUUUUGAUUCUGUCUGUAUAUGUUUGAGAUGUACAUUUACCCAAUGUGUUACAGUUAGCUCUAAAAUGUUGAUACUGCAUUGUUAAAUAAAUGUGUAAGAUAUCUGAAUUUACUUUCUUGUUUUAUUUUUGUAAGGGCAGUAGUUUAUGUUUUAAUUUUCUUUUGGUACUGUUUGGUUGUAGUUUGUUGCAAUCAAACACCUAUUCAUUUUUGUGCUUUCUAGAUUCAUUUAGUGUGUUAUUUCUAUAAAUGUUACAGAACACAAGGCUAGAAGAAUGCAUAUUAUAUGUAUAUCCUGGUUUUGAAGGGAGGCUUCAUGGGGUAUUUAUAAGAUAAUUUGUGCAGUAAAUGUCACUGAAAAUUUUCAAAUCGAGAUGCAUCUGUGAUGGGAGGUAAACAAUAGCUGAUAUUUAUUAAAAUAUUUUAAGAAAUGUGUCAAAUUAGCAUUGUUUCUCAUCCAUUCAAUGUAUGACUUUUGGGGAGUUACCUUGGCAGAUGUCAUUGUUACCAGGCUUUCAUUCCAGCCCAGCUCAUAACCACUGAACUAACGAUUGUCCUGUAGUAGCUACUCUUCCUGUUCCUGAGACUGCUGUUGCUCAAUGACGGCUGCUAAAAUUGCUGGAUUUAGGCCCUCGAGACCAGGAGUAACCCUGAUGUAAUUGAAUCCUUGUUGCAGGGAAUCUCGAUGAAUGCUACAAGGGAUAGUACUGAAGCAAUUCAAAACCGCCUGCCAAACUAAGAACUUAUUCUGGUCAGGCAUUCUCAAGUUUGGACUAACAAUAUUGUAUAUAGCUUUUGCAAAAGAUGUCAUAAAACAGUGCUUUUGGGUUUGGGAGAGUAAAUGAAAGUAAUUGUAUAUGGUUGCUGUUUUUGGACAGUGUAAUCAUGUGGUCUGAUUAAAUACUUCAUAGGCUGUAGACUACAUAAUGCUGGGGAUGUUUUACCUGUUUACUGUCUUUCAUAUAGAAGGGACUGUUGCUGUAAGAGGAAAACUAGUCAGUACAUCUGUUUAUCAGCUGCACCUUCACAUUUUUUAACCCAACUGAUCACCUUUAAAGUGCAGAUGGGGACUUCUAAUAGUUUUACUUUAGGACUAAUGGUUUGAGUUCUUGCCUUUGAGAUGUGGUGGGCUUGGAUAAACGUUGCAUCCCUUUACAGAUUUGAACACUGUUCAUUGAAAGGUACAGUAUGUGAAACAAUUGAUAUCCCACUCAGAAAUCAUCAUUGUAAUUAAAUUCUGCUGAGAGCAUUUAACGAGAACUUCAGAAGGAGUUAGGCUUGGCUGCAAAAAUAGGUCAGCAUUGGGUCUUUAAAACUUCUUUUGGUUUUGUUUCCUCAGGGAAAU